GGGGGAGGGUUGUAGAUCGGAGAGAAAGAGCUGGGAGCAGACCCGGGGAUCAGUCGCUGUGCUGCAGGAUGGAGAGAGGCUCCAUCUAAACCGCCCGGAGCACGGAGAGUCCAGCUGAACCCGGACUAUCCAGCACUCCAAAUGUCCCCCAAACACGGGCAGAUGCAGAAAGAACGCUAGACAUGGGUAAACUUCACUCCAAGCAUGCCGCCGUUUGUAAACCCAGAGAGAGUCCUGAAGGUGACAGCUUUGUGGUGAAUGCCUGUCUCAGUCGGAAGGGGCUGGAGGAGUGGAUCGUCAAACAGAAGAACGUCCCUGGACAUCCGCAGGGCUUCCAGCGAGCCGGCUGCCGGCUCUCCACCACGGGGUCGACCGGUGAAUUUAGCAGAGAAGGAUACAGUGAAGAACUUUAUCCUUUAGAAGUUGCUCUGCCUCCAGAGAACACGGAUGGCUUCAUCGGUACAGCUGAGAAGAAGAUGGAAAAAGGAACUGGACAGAGUGGCAUGAAGAAACAAUUGAAAUUUGAAGAGUUGGAAUGUGAUGUGUCUGUAGAAGAAGACAACAGGCAGGAGUGGACAUUCACUCUGUAUGACUUCGAUAACAAUGGGAAAGUCACCCGUGAGGAUAUCACUAGUCUUCUGCACACUAUCUAUGAAGUAGUAGAUGCAUCUGUGAACCACUCUCCAAGUAGCAGUAAAACACUGCGGGUAAAGCUGACUGUGACACCUGAUGCAAACCAGAAGAAGAAAGGCAAUCAAACAUGCCAGGCCGAUGUUAGCAGUCCAUGGCAAAAGGCUGAUAAUAAAUGUGUGGAGGAGUCAAAGAAUACAGAGAAGAAAACUCGCACUCUUCUCAGACGUCACAAUAGUGAUCAGCAUCCUCAGCAGAAUAACUGCCAUCAACACUGUGUUGAUGAGAACACAGAAAGGAGAAACCACUAUCUUGACCUGGCAGGGAUAGAAAACUACACCUCAAAAUUUGGACCAGGUUCACCUCCUGUGGCUUCUAGAAAAGAAAAUCAUGUGAAGAUUUCUCAUCAAGCCAGAUCCCGUUCCCAUGAACCUGAAGUCAUGCACAGUCACCACAGGAGGUCUCAAACCAUAGAUCCGGGAUAUAGUCAUCUUAGCCAUUCUUCAUACAACAGGGUGAUUGAAUUGCAGCAAAGACUACGCAAUCAGGACAUUGGCAAGCACUUAAUUAAAUCUCCCAAAGCUCUGAGGAAAGAUAUGAUGGCUUCAGGAGCAGCUGGGAAGGUUGGAAAGAACAAGCCCUCGCAGAGUCCCUAUAUACCAAUGACCUCUACUCCUCUGGCAGCAGGCCCAAAUAUUCCAUGUCUACCCAUGCAACUCAGUCAACAGCAUCAACAGAGCCAUAAGAAACACAAGCAGAGGGUUAAGGAUAGCCACCAAUUGUAUAAAGCCUUCCAGCCCUCUUCAAGAGUGGUAGAACAGGAACAUGUGAGGGAUUUGCCUUCUCUUCUGCUGUAUGAAGGGCAUGUUGGUCGGAUUGUUCAGAGACAUGAACACCAUCACCACCAUGAACAUCAUCACCACUACCAUCAUUUCUACCAGACAUGAGCAGAGCACUACAGGGUAUUCAACAGGAACUUAAAACCACAGUAUCCAAUUUGAAGAGAGAUUUCUGACUGGAUUUUGUGACCACUGAUCUAUACAGUAUUGUUAAUGUUAAUUAUAAAAUGAGCAGUUCAUUACUUUGACAGUGAAAGCUAAUGACAUGAAGUGAAACUAAAAGACUAUUGAACAGCUGGCUACCUCUAGUUUUAAUUCAGAUUUUAUUUUCUUUAACCAAUUAAAUGAGUCACAGGGGGUUUUAUUGUUCUGAAUACUUGUAACCUUUUCAUUUUGUCCAGACUUUCUGUGAUUUAUUUUAUGUAUUAAGAUUCACAUUAACCACACUUGCCAACUCUUCAGUUAAUAUAAAACUGUACUGUUAAUUCUUCUUUGCGGACUCAAAUUUUUGUUUCAACCUUUUGAGAGGAAGCCUGAAGAAAGGGAGCUGAAGCACUGCUAGGUGUUCUGAGGCAUUGGCGCCAUUACUGAUGCAAAUUUUCUUAGUUUAUUUGGUUGCUUACAUUCAGUGAUUUCUGAAAUAUUAUUAAUUUGAAUGUUUUGCAGUUGAACUUGCAUUUGAGUUCUUUUGGAAUAUCCAAGACAGUGGCGUAUCUCCCAGAUUAACUUUAUUCUAACUGUAUAUUUGCAUUGAGUGUAUUGACUAACCAGUACUGUGGAUAUAAUUUCCAAACUUCCUCUACCAGUAAGUUUACGUUAUUACCAUCAAAUAUUGGGUGAUAUCACUUGUAUGUGUUUGACAUGGUGCAAAGUGCAAAGUAUAAGAAGUGCGUACGUAUACAAGUAAAUCCUAAUAUUGUUCUCAAUUCUGUCAAGCUGGUGCCAUCAACUGGAGAAACUCUAGGUAACCAUGGUGGUAGACCCUGUAUGAUGUGACUAAGUAACACAGAAGGUUGGACACCCUUUACACAUUUCAGAGAAGUUGGCAAGUAUAUAAUCUAUCUCAGGUGCAUUUUCUCUUAAAACUGUGGUUUGAAUAAUUUUUUUUGGAAAUACGUCUGUUCUGUUGAUGGUAGACUUCUUUGAGAAAGAUGGGACAUAAUAUAGUGUAUCCAUUACUCUUUUUGAAGUUGUCUCUGAAAGUUAUUGAAAUAGCAUUGGAGUUAAUCAGGGGAAGAUAUCUUACCCACAGCGGUGACAUGCUGGAUUCUGUCAGGAGUUGGAUGUGAUGAGUCUAUUGCACAAAUGGAAGGAGGUCUGGAGUGAAAGAGAUAUCCUGCUUAUUCUAUGGUUGGCAUUUUGAGCUCUAUUACAAAGGAAUUCUAAAACACUACAUGCUGCUGCUAAUGUUCAAGUGUUCAGCCCUAUUCACUCAGCAAUAAAUAUAUCACUGCAAAUGAUCAUUUGAACUCUAGGAAUAAGACAUUAAUAAACUUUGGUUGUUACCAGGUGGGAAAUGUGAGGAAAAAAAAAUCUGAUUUGACCUUUUUUCUCAGUGAAAGUUCUGCUGAUCUUGCUCACGGUUUUGCAUUUAAAAUUGUCAUGUAUCUAACUGUAAUGAGAAGCAAAUUGUAAAAUCUAUUGCAUUAAUUAGUAUGAUCAAAGCUCUUUGCUUUUAAGUCAUGUAGUAAACUUUCACUGCUGGAAGGUCAUGAUAUAUUUCUGUUUAUCAGGAGGGCUGGCUUUGUUGCUGUCUGUUCAGACAAAUGUUUCAAAGUUAUCAAGAGAUACAUUGCUGUGUGAAUUGGACUUUAUCUCCCAUUUGUGAAAACAUAUGGGCACGAAAGGACAAUGCCUUGGACAGUUGUAUCAUUGCUCAUGGACCAUAGAAGAAAAUGUUUAAGAUUGUACUGUUUUAUAUACAACAUCAAUCUUGAAGAAAACAUUAUAAGUGCAUUUUCAGGAUUCUUUUCAGAUUUAUGAAGAAAUUAGAGGCCACAAACAUGUUUCAUUUAUUUGGGCUUAGACAGAGUUGAACCUUGUUAGGUAUGUUAAGAAUGCUGCUUGUUUAGCAGUCUUUCCCUUCUAAAUAUACUUUGUAUUUAUGGAAUAUAUAUUGGACUGAAAAUCACACGUCUGCUGCGCAUAUUGGCUUUUUGUGUCCUAGUGUUUUAAUUAUUAGUAAUCCUGUGUUAUCAAAGUUUAAUGCAAUCAUGACUCCAUCAUUAAUAUAUCUUACACGUUUGUGUACAUUCCCAAUGUAUAAUGUUUUCUGACAGCCAUGUAUAAGAACAGUAUUUAAAUUUAAAUCUGUAUUGAGUACAUAUUGUACCAUUCAGUUGUAAAUCUACUUGUGUAACACAGUUCAUAAUGUUCCCUUCUGAAAGCACGUUUUUUUGCAGUAUCCUUAAUUGAAUAUAUCUUCCAGUAUUUUGUAUAGUAUAUAUAGAUGGUUUUGACUAAAUGCUUUAUUUAUUUAAUAGUAAAACUGUGCCAACAGAAACCCCUUUUCA